CGCGUUGGCUGCACCUUCACCGUCAUGGACAUCAUUGGCAGGCGUGACGAUAUGUGACCUGACACUUGUAGUCUCCCUUUGGCUCAGUCUUAGUUUGGAAGUGUGCAAAGCAUAGCAUGGCCCUGCUAGCUUGCGACUGCACCGUCCUAGUCUUGGACCUUGCAGAGGGCUUGGUCACCACUCUGAACCUCAACGAAGAGGAGCAUGGGGCCAUCUUCUUGGCCAUUUUCUUCACAUCUUACACAUUUGCUGAUGACAUCUUCCAAGCAUGUUCUAUGAGGUGUACGGAGUGCAAGUGGGACGACUGCAUCUUCAAGAUUUGCGUGGAGAUUGGGCAGUGCAUCUUCUUCAUGAACUUCUCUCUUCCAGGCGUUACGGUUUGGAAGCUGUAGCCGCUGCUGGAGAUGAAGAUGACGCCGGAGAUGAAACAGCUGGAUAUUUCUUCAAUGCUUUGGUGAUUUGCGGGUGCUUUGUGGCUUUGUACAUUUUCAUCUUCAUUUGUCUGAACCUUGUAGUUGCCUUAUCUUGGUGCUCACAAGAAGGUGAGCUUCCACUCUUUGACCGCGUCUACGGCGUGAUGAUCAGCAUGGCUACGCUCCUUUGCGUUCUUGCCUGCAUAUGUUUGGCGUGCGGAAUAUGUGGAGCGUGUGCUAGAGACCGAGCGCUUGUAGAUCAUGAUCAGUCUCCUGAUCCAGUCGUCAUUGGGGUUCCGGCCUCGUAGUACGGCUCAAACUGUGAAAAGAGGUGAUCUGACGGUUUGAGAUCACCCCUAAAAGGUGCCCCUAAGGGGCGUGGUGAACUGCACAAGCGCUCCAGAAGAGAGCAAAAAGAUCGCCUGUGCCUUAAUGCGUGGAC